CCCGGAAAGACACCGCGCCGCCGGCGGAGGGGACGCGGGGAUGGUGCUGCUGAGCGCACAGCGAUGGAUCCGCAGCCGCCUCACCGACCGCUUCUGGAGGGUGCAGGAGGUGCUCAAGUACGCGAGGCAUUUUCGUGGAAGGAAGAACCGCUGCUAUAAGCUGGCUGUACGGAGCGUUCGCAGAGCUUUCGUGAAGUCUACAAAGGCCAGAAGAGAGAAGAAAAGAUUCCUCAGAGCGCUGUGGAUCACGAGGAUCGAAGCAGCUUCUCUUGAACAUGGUUUGAAAUACCCGGCUUUCAUAAGCAAUCUGCUUAAGUCCCAGGUGGAGCUGAAUAGGAAAGUGAUUGCUGAUUUGGCUAUUUAUGAGCCAAAGACAUUCAAGUCCUUAGCUGCCUUAGCCCAGAGGAGGAGACAAGAAGGCUUCCUUGCUGCCCUGGGGGACGGAAAAGAACCAGAGGGGAUAUUUUCACGUAUCGUACACCACUAUUGAUGUUAAAACAGUCUGCAAAUACGUGUUAUAAAGAGGAACUUGUAUUACAAAGUAACCUCGCUCACUGACGGCUGCUGAGAACCGCAGCUGUGGAACAAAAUCCUCUCAGAAGUGUUUCUGAGGGAGGCCGGGGCAGGCCGGGGUGCCAGGCAGUGGUCAGUGAGGCCUGUAAAAGCUCCAGCGUUAAUUCCAUACUUAGCGUAAGGGCGUUUUCUGUUAAGAACUUAAUAAAGAUAUUAUUUUUUUUUUUGGUAACUGCUA